UGGAGUCCAGAUAAUGCAGUUCAACUAAAAAACUAUAUAGUAAAAAUAUGUUCCUGUUUAUGGUAGUUCUAACUUUAGCACAAAUCCAGAACAGCUUUAUGUUGGAAAAAAUACUAUUAGGAGCUGCCCUUCCUUGGGAUGGUAAAUGGCCGGUUGCACGCCUCUUUGCAUCUGGUAUUACAAUAGCUGUUAAUAAAAUCAAUAGUGACCCUUAUCUAUUACCGGGUUAUUAUGUUGACUUUGAAUGGAAAGACUGUCAAUGCAACGAUAGAGUAUCUCUGAGCUCUAUAAUCGAUCUGAUAAAUAUAAAUAAAGUCAACGCGAUAAUUGGACCUGCCUGUAGCGAUGGGUGUAAAUUAGGGGCGUUUUUAGGUUCCCAUUAUAACAUACCCGUAGUUUCUUACGGGUGUGGUGCUUCGUAUUUGUCAGAAUCUUCAGUCUACACACAUUUCGUUCGAACUAUUGGUGAUUAUAGUCAAUCGGGGAAGAUAUUUGUUAAGUUGAUGCAGAAAUAUAAAUGGGAUCAAAUUGCAAUCAUUUCCGCAGGACAACCUACCUGGAAUGAUAUUACUUCUGGAGUAAAAAAACAUCUUGAAAGAAACGGUCUGAAGGUGUCAUACAAUGAAGAUUAUUCAACUGAAAACCCAACACCUCAAGAUAUAAGGCUGACCCUUUCUAAUGCAGUAAAGAAAUCUCAUGUUUUCCUUAUUGGAGGUUACAGUGCUUUUGUUCGCAAAGUCAUGUUGCAAGCUAAGAUUUUAGGAUUAAAUUCAGCAGGCUAUGUUUUCUUUUCAUACGAGAUACUGCUUCAUGACUGCAGGAACAUAUCAAAGUUAUCAAUACAAGAUAAAGAUGAGUGUGAAGCACUUAAUGGAUUGCUUGAUAUUAGCUUGUUUGUUCCAGAUGAUGUCAACUACAGAAAUUUUUCACUUCUCGUAAGAGAAGAGAUGAAAAAUAAGCCUUUUAAUAGCCCAAUUGAUGCAGACGUUGAGGUUGAAAGCUAUGCAGCCUUCCUGCAUGAUGCUACAAUGUUGUAUGCCUUUGCUUUGAAUAAAACUUUGAAUCAGAAUGGAAGUAUCACAGAUGGUUUAAGUAUUGUUAAAAACAUGCUGAAUUUUACUUUCUCAGGUGCAUCAGGGAAAGUAAGUAUUGAUCAUAAGGGUGAUCGAACUGCCUACUAUCAAGUAAAAAAUGUUCAAAAUCUUCAAUUUAAACGUGUUACAAAUUACUUCACUGAUUCUGAAAAGUUUGUUGAUACUGAAACUCGUAUUUUAUGGCCUGGUAAAACAACAGAAGUGCCACGUGGAAAACCAAAAUGUGGCUUUGAUAAUGAAUUAUGUAAACCAACAGAACCUUGGGUGUACGCUGUAUGUGGAGUCCUUGGUGUAGUUGUGAUUGUGGCAGUUCUUGUUUUCACUAUUGUUCAUUACAAAAGAAAAGCAUUUGAAAGUGCUUUGAUGGCUCAGCAAUGGAAAGUUAAGUUCAGUGACAUCAUCUUUGAUGGGCGAGUUUCGAAGUCUACUAGCAAAAAUGCUGUUAUGUCACAAGGAAGUAAUCAAUCUUUAGCAAGUGUUGGUGGUAUGGAAACUCAUAAUCAGAUUUUCACUAAAGUAGGAAUAUUGCAGGGAAAUUACGUUGCCAUCAAACAACUUCGUAAAACUUCAAUUUUACUUAAUAGAGAGCUACUUCUUGAAUUAAAGGAAGUGUCAGAGCUUCAGCAUCAAAAUGUGAAUUCAUUUAUUGGAGCUUGUGUUUCCAACCCUAAUAUUUGUUUAAUUACGCAUUAUUGCAAUAAAGGAAGUUUACAGGAUGUUUUGUUUAAUGAAGAUCUGAAGUUUGAUUGGAUGUUUCAAAUUUCUAUUGCAUCAGAUAUUGCAAGAGGAAUGCAUUAUUUGCAUCACAAUACUUCCAUGGGUGUUCAUGGUAACUUAAAGUCAACAAACUGUGUAAUUGAUAGUCGCUGGGUUUGUAAAAUAACAGAUUUUGGUUUAUUUAAGUUUAAAGAAGGUCAAGCAGUUGACCUUGAUUGGAGUGAGGUGCAGAUUUAUAAUAACUUACUUUGGACAGCACCAGAACACAUUCAAAACCCAGAUUCAGCGUACUCAGGCCCAGGGGAUGUCUUUAGCUAUGGUAUUAUCUUACAAGAAAUAAUUACGCGAGGGUACCCUUAUUGUAUGUAUGAAUCACUUACAUCAAAAGAAAUUGUAAUGCGUGUUAAGAAAAGAACAAAUCCAGUGUUUCGUCCUUUGGUUUCUGAGUCACUUGGCAAUCAUGAAUAUCACAAUUUAAUGAAUUUAUGUUGGGAUGAUGAUCCUCUUAUUCGACCAAAAUUUGAUGAAAUUAAUAAAAUACUUAGAAAGCUCAACGGAGGAAAAAAUAUCAAUAUUGUGGAUAAUAUGAUAAAAAUGAUGGAAAAAUAUACAGACCAUUUAGAAGAGCUUGUUGCAGAUCGCACAAAGCAAUUAGAGGAUGAAAAAGCUAAAACAGAUGAGCUGCUUUAUAGGAUGUUGCCAAGGACUGUAGCAGAACAAUUAAAACGAGGGGAAUUGGUUGAAGCAGAAUCAUUUGCUAUGGUUACUAUAUUCUUUAGUGAUAUUGUUGGUUUUACAAAACUUGCAUCAGAAAGCACUCCUUUACAGGUUGUUGACUUGUUGAAUGAUUUGUAUACUUGUUUUGAUACCAUUUGCGAUCAAUAUGAUGUUUACAAGGUAGAAACAAUCGGAGAUGCUUAUAUGGUAGUUUCUGGACUUCCAGAAACCAAUGGAAACCGGCAUGCUGGAGAGAUUGCUCGCAUGUCAUUAGACCUUCUUAGUGCAACAACCCUUUUUAAAAUACGUCACAAACCUGAAGCAAGACUUCAAUUACGUAUCGGAAUUCACUCAGGUCCUGUUGUGGCAGGUGUUGUUGGUUUAAAAAUGCCAAGAUACUGUUUGUUUGGUGAUACAGUGAACUAUGCUUCACGUAUGGAAUCUAGUGGAUUAGCGUUACGCGUCCAUGUAAGUCCAGAAUGUUUGCGUAUUUUAAACGAGUUAGGGGGUUUUGAUCUUAUUGAAAGAGGACCAGUUGAAAUGAAGGGUAAGGGUACUAUUGUUACUUAUUUUCUUGCCGGAUACGAAGGGUUCAAUAAAGUUCUACCUGAUCUACGAUUUGCGGCUAGCUUAGAGGAGCACAAUUUCAAAUAAGUAUUUGACAGACAAUAACAAAUUAUGUUGCGUAACUUGUUGUUGCGAAAAGAGAAAAAUCUUUCUCGAUAAAUUGAAGAAAUGCUUCCCAAAAUUGCUGCAAAUACUUUUUGUAAAUUUACCUUAGGCGAUAUAAACAAUUAAUAUGAAAAAAUACAACGUUGGAUAUAUGUUAA